CUGUUGGCAAGACCCAAAUGAAUGAAAAUUCAUCUAGAAGUCACUUCGUAUUCAAGUUGAUCAUUUCUGGGUACAAUAAGCAAUCAAACCACAAGAUUGAAGGUGUGCUGCAGAUGAUCGACUUAGCUGGCAGCGAAUCAGUAAGCAAAACUACUGAUGUGUUGGACGCAACAAGGAAUGAAACUGGUAACAUAAAUAAAAGUUUACUUGCCCUAGGGCAAGUUUUUGAAGCAAUUUCGAAAGGGGAGUUUUUGCCAUUUAGGGGUUCCAAGCUGACCCACUUUUUGCAGAACUCUUUUGAGGGCCAUUCAAAAGUGCUGUUGUUUGUAAACAUCUCUCAAGAUCCUAUGUUUGUCCAUGCCACAUUAGGGUCACUAAAGUUCGCUGAUAAGGUUCGCAAGUGCAUGGUCAACAGUCGAGUGCGCGCCGUGCAGGAAAAGAGCAUGUUGCAUGAAGACAAUGAAGGACACAGUGUUUUACCAUCCACACACAAAAUGUAUGUUGUAAAUUUAUUUUGAUGACAGACUAAAAUU